AUUUCAGCUGUGACGCAUUUGGCGCGAAAGCAAAAGAGAGUGUUGAGUCUUUAUUCUGCUUACGGCUCCGGUACCUGAACGUCUUACAUAUUUUAAUUAUAGGUUUCUCAUUGUAACUUGUAAGUAAAGAUGAAAAAUAUAUUAAAAUUUGCUAGGCUUUCUAAUAAUGCCAAAGCUCCUACAAAAGGUUCCAAGUUGGCUGCUGGUUUUGAUUUAUAUAGUGCGUAUGAUUAUUCAGUGCCUCCCAGUGGCAAAGUAAUAGUGCUUACGGAUCUUCAAGUACAGAUACCUGAAGGCCAUUAUGGAAGAGUUGCCCCAAGAUCUGGAUUAGCUGUGAAGCAUUUUAUUGAUGUUGGAGGUAAGAUUUUGAAUUUUUUUAUUUAUUUAAAAUUUCAUUUUGAUGAAUG